GAAUUAUUCAUACAAAUUUUUAACGUGUUUGCAGCUCUCCUUGUCGUCCUGAACUAUCUUUAACAAACUACUUGACAGAACAUAUCUGUAAAGGUAUUCGAAUUGAAAACUUUAUAUAUAUUGUAGUGGGUCUUCACGAAAAGUACCUUUCAUAUUUUGUAGAUAUCACUAGAAACAUUUAGUUACUUUCUUAUAUGAAAGAAAAUACUUGGUGUGACUACAAACAUUAAAUCUUUGAUCUACUCCAACACCGUUGUGUAGCAAUCAAGUUGGAGCGAAUCAAAGAUUUUAAUUAAUUAAUUUUUAAUUAGAUUGGUCUCAAAAAUGUAGUACUUUCACAUUUUGUGAAAACUACUGCGUGGGUCCUGUACAAAAUACUUGAUGGGUCUACACAUCGAAUAAUAACGUACUUCACAUGUUGUAGAAGUAACUGUAUGGGUCUACACAUGGAGUAAUUACGAACUUUUACAUGCUGUAGGAGUAACUAGGUUGGUGUUCACAUUGAGUUAUUACAUACUUUCACAUGUUGUCGAAGUUAUUGGGUGGUUGAUCACAUGGAGUAAUUACGUACUUUCACAUCCUGUAGAAGUUAUUGGACGAGUGUACACAAAGAGUAUUAACAUACUUUCACAUGCUGUAGGAGUUACCAUGUGGGUGUUCACAUGUAGUAAUUACUUACUUUCACAUGUUGUAGAAUUUAAUGGGUGGGUGUUCACAUGGAGUAAUUACGUACUUUCACAUCCUGUAGAAGUCAUUUUGUUGGUGUACACAUGGAGUUAUUACGUACUUUUACAUGUUUGAGAGUUUACUAGGUAGAUGUACACAUGGAGUAAUUACGUACUUUCACAUGUUGUAGAAAUUACUGGGUGGGUCUUCACAUGGAGUCCAGCGCUGGCGGAUCCUCCAAGUUUCACUGGGGAGACUGUGUUCCUAACACCGAUGUCACCAACAGAUAUGACAAUCUGAUAGACUACGCCGGGGACACUGCUUGUGGUUACGUAACUUCCGACUUCCUUGGUCUAACUGCGUGCUCGUCAUCAGUAACAAUGGGAUUUAUUUGUGAAAACCCAAACGGUAGAGACUCCUGUUUCACAAAGAUGUCCACUACUGUGUAUUCAUUGGGUUAUGAUAGCAAGACUGCACUCAGGUCAUCUGAUUGUGCCUCGGAAUGCCUUAAGUCACGAAAUUGCGGGGCAGUCUACGUCACUGCGGGAAGUUCCUGUUCCCUGUUACAGUAUAAAACUUCCUUACCUAGCAGCAUGUUGGCAUCCCAUCUAGAGUCUAGUCACUAUUACCACCGAAGGUUUCUGUAUCACGACAAUUACAGUUUCCCUUUUAAAGCUGGAUUGACUGAAGAAGAAUUGUGCAACGAACCGAUUGGUUCACCAAUCUCUACAAAGGCGAUUUAUGACGUCACAACGACAAAAGAGAUUAACCCAACAACAACAAAAGAAGCCACAACACAAAAAAAGAAAGAAAAAACAACAGCUGAAGACGUCACAACACAAAGAACUAAUGACACCAAAACACAAACAUCCGAAGACAGAAAAACUAAUGACAUCACAACACCAACCACAGAUGGUGCAACAGCCGAAGACAUCACAACGCAGACAACAGAAGACACAAUAAUUGAUGAUGUAAUGACAUCAACAACAGAAUACACAACAACAGGUGACUUCACAACACAAACAACAGAAAACAAAACAACUCAUGACGUCACAACACAAACAACAGAAGACACAACAACUGAAGAUGUCAUAACACAAACAACAGCCGAAAACAUAACAACACAAACAACAGAAGAAACAACUACUGAAGAUUUAAUUACGCAAACAUUUAUAGACACAACAAAUAAAGACGUCACAACACCAAAAACAGAAGAUACAACAAUUGAUGAUGUUACGUCACAAACAUCAGAAGACAUUACAUCUGAUGACGUCACAACGCCAACAACAGAAGACACAACAACUAAAGACGUCAUAACACCAAAAACAGAGGACACAACAACCAUAGAAGUCACAACACAAACAAUAGACGACACAACAACUCAGAACGUCACAACACAGAUACUAAAAGACACAGCAACUACAGACGUCACAAAACAAAAUACAAAAGACACAACAACUGAUAACGUCACAACACAGAAAACAGAAGACACAACAAAUGAAGAUGUCAAAACACAAACAUUCGAACACAAAACAACCGAGGACGUCACAACACAAAGAAAAGAAGACACAACAACUGAUGAUGUCAAAACACAACCAUCGGAAGACAUAAUGACCGAAGACAUCACAACACAGACAACAGAAGAAACAACGACAAAAGAGAUCAAAACACAAACAUUCAAAGACACUACAACUGAUGACGUUUCAUUACAGACAACAAAGUACACAACAAUUAAAGAUGUUACGACAAAGACGACAGAAGACACAACAACUGAUGACAUUACAACACACAUAAUCAAAGACACAACGACUGAAGACGUCACAACACAAACAUUUAAAAACACAACAGCUGAAAACGUCACAACACAAACAACAGAAGACACAACCACCGACAACGUCACAACACAAACAACAGAAGAUACAACAAUUGAUGACGUCACAACACAGAAAAUAGAAGACAUAACAACUGAAGAUUUCACAACACAAACAUUCGAAGAAACUACAACUGAAGAUGUAACAACACAAACAUUCGAAGAAGCUACAACUGAAGAUGUCAUAACACAAACCACAAAAGAAACAACAACUGAAGAUGUCACAUCACAGACACCAGAAGAAACAACAACUGAUGACGUCAAAAAGCAGACAACAGUAAACAAAUCGACAAAAGACGUCACAACACAAACAAAACAAAAAGCAACAACUACAAACAUCACAACACAGACAACAGAAAAAACAACUACUGAAGAUCUCACAACGCAAACAUUUAUAGAUACAACAACAGAUGACGUCGCAACACCAGCAACAGAAGACACAACAACUGAUAAUGUUACGACACAGACAACAGAAGACGAAACAUCUAAUGACGUCUUAACACCAACAACAGAAGACACAACAACCGAAGCCGUCACAUCACUAACAAUAGAAGACACAACAACUGAUGACGUCACAACACAAACAACAGAAGACACAACAACUGAAGAUGUCAUAACACAAACAACAGAAGACACAGCAACUGAAGACGUCACAACACAAACAAAAGAAUACACAACAACUGAAGAUGUCACAACACAAACAUCCGAAGACAUAACAACUGAAGAUGUCACAGCACAAAAGAGAGAAGACGCAACAACUGAUGAUGUUACGACACAAACAACAGAAGACAAAAUAUCUAAUGACGUCACAACACCAACUACAGGAGAAUUAACGACCGAAGACGUCACAACACCAAAAACAAAAGAAUACACUACAACUGAAGAUGUCACAGCACGAACAUCCGAAGACACAACAACUCAAGAUGUCACAGCACAAAAGAGAGAAGACGCAACAACUGAUGAUGUUACGACACAGACAACAGAAGACGAAACAUCUAAUGACGUCUUAACACCAACAACAGAAGACACAGCAACCGAAGACGUCACAACGCAAACAAAAGAAUACACUACAACUGAAGAUGUCACAGCACGAACAUCCGAAGACACAACAACUCAAGAUGUCACAGCACAAAAGAGAGAAGACGCAACAACUGAUGAUGUUACGACACAAACAACAGAAGACAAAAUAUCUAAUGACGUCACAACACCAACUACAGAAGAAUUAACGACCGAAGACGUCACAACACCAAAAACAAAAGAAACAACAACUGAUGACGUCACAACACAGACAACAGAAGACACAACAACUGAUGAUGUCAUAACACAAAUUACACAAGACAAAACAACUGAAAAAGUCACAACGAAACUAGCUAGUGAGUUAUCAACCCCUGAACAAAUACCGGACUCUAACUCUUCAUCAUGUGGUUGCACGUGUGUGAAGAAAAAUAUUACCAUCAACGAAAAAAUAGAAGAUAUGGUAUCAGAAUUAAAAGUAGACACUACAGUUCUUUCUUCGACCGUACGGAAAAAGGUGUGUGCUGAGGAUCCACGUCCAAGUGCCAGGAACGUGGGAAUUCUGGGAAUUUUGACAAUUACUGUUCUGGUUGGAUUUAUAAUAUCUAUGGAUGUUGUUCGGUUCUUCCAAAAGGUUGACAGACCUAAGUUUAAGAAAAAGCCCCCGGCAGCUACAUAGCUCUACGGAGCUGUAACGAUAUGCAAGCUUAGCAAUAAGAACAUUAAUUCAUUAACUGCGUUCAAUACUACGUAUCAAGUCUAUCUAACUAUGUAACUUUGGAGUCAGGGUGGCUCCUACGAUCUUGAAAGCAGCCGUGGUGUAUCCUAGGUUCGAUCUUAUUGGUACCAGAGUGUUACUAAAACUAAAACGCGUUACGAAAAACGGAAUUUAUGAUAUCAAUUAUUUACCUGAUACGUAUAUGUAAAAAUAAGUCAGAAUCGAUAUACUUGUACUUUAUAUUAAUUGUUUACUACAGAUUCCUAAUGAAACACGAGGAAUUAAUAUCUGCCAACAAUCACGAAAAGCAAAUCUCGCGGAUUUCAGAAUAUCACGCUUUUAUUUUUCGGACAGAUGUUAACUUAAUGAAACUAUAGUAAAAGUUCGACGUUUGCUAUUUUGAAUUCUCGCAAUUUGAUGCAAAAUGGUUGAAUCACAGAAAUAAGAACCAGCGUAAAAUAAAGGAUUCUACAGUAUACAUGUACAUGAUUGUUUUAUCUUAAGAAAAAUAAUGAUUUGGUUUUCCUCAGACUUAAUCAGACUGAAUUUGAUGACCUCUAAAACCUGGCUGCUUUUACAGCUCUUGAUAUGCAUCCUAAAUACAUAUGAAUUCAAAAGUAAAUAUUGGCACAUUUCUGUUUAUACAUACUAGCACUGUGUUGUCCUAAAACAAGCAAGGAUCUUAGUUUGUUGGGGUCAAAUCAUGAUCACCUUCCAUUUUGAUAGUGAAGAAUUGCCAUCAUUAUUAUGCCUUAUCGUAACAGAGCAAAACGGUUCGUAAUGAACGUACUGUAACGUAUACGGACGUAUCUGCACGUACACAGGCGUUCUAACUUGAUGACUCGUGUCGCGAUGUUUGGAUUAGAUCAAGAAUUUCAUCUGGAAUGAGAUCGUUACAGAUCACGUCACCUGAAAUAUGUCUAUCGUGACCUUACCGUAUCAAAUCACGGUGAAUCGCAUAAAGACGUAUCGAUUCGAAUCACAUCCUAUUCAUGCGUAAAAUGAUAGAGAAGUUCCCCGAUCAGCUAUGAUUCGUCAAUCGUGCUGUUCGUUACAGGCUUCACGGCAGUAAGAAACUAGCACAACGUUAAAAAAUUCCUUUAUAGAGAAAUGUGUACCCUUUUCAAGUGAUUUAUUCCGGGGUUUUUUUUCCGCUCCACGUUUCAUAGCAACACUCGUUGGUACAUGUAACAAUUGAAUCGACAGAACCAUGUAUGAUAUUGAUAUUGAUAUUGAUAUACCAUUUAUGGAAGAGAAUUCAUAAUUUGAACAUAAAAAGCAUUUUAGGGCAAUUUUUCUCUCAUUUGCAACCAUUGUUUUCUAUUUUCUUUCAGUUAUAAUUUUAAAAGUUGUAAUACGAAUUUAUCAUUAGGAUGAGUACACUCUAAUGUAUGCACGUAUUAAAGCUUUAAUCAGUGUUGAUAUACACAGGACUCCUUGGUUAAGAGAAUAGUCCUAUAAAAAAUACCAACAUUUGUAUACAUUUAAUUCAUAGUCAUUAUUUCUUUCAUCUAAUAUUUAAUAUUUAAUCCACUUUACUCAUUAGAAUUCUACCAAUUGAAAAAGCAAUGAAAUUUACAUAAAAUUUCCAAUCACAAUUCAUUUAAUACACUGAUGUUAUUGAUGUGUUUCAACAAACAAUCUCUCUCUCUCU